GACUCAUUUUUCAUUUCACAGUCCCAAAAUUAUCAACCUUCUCAACCACCGUUUCAACCCAUGGGGGAAUGGCAGCACCUCCUAAACCCUGGGAAAUUGCAGGUGUGAACCAACAAAAUGCUGGAAGUAUUCCUUUAAAUAAUAUGUCAGGAUCACCUUUGAAUUCUGGUGCAGGAGGAGGCCUACCACCAUGCUGUCAGCCAUCAGCGGCUGGAGGCGCUGGACCACCCCCUCCUGUCCCUACUCGUCCAUCACAACAGUCAAAUUACAGCCGAUUCUCCUCACCUUAUGGUGGUGGUUAUUCUAGUCCUUACAGCAGUAUGGGGAUGUAUGGUGGUGGCAGUAUGUAUGGGGGUGGGUAUGGAGGAAUGAGUCCAUAUUCCAGUGGUGGUAUGUAUGGUGGAGGGUAUGGGGGACAGUAUGGAUCAUAUGGUAAUGGAGGAGAGUACAAUGGAUUUGCCAGACAAGCUGAAGAGAAUUCUCGACAAGCAUUUCAGUCUGUGGAGAGUAUCGUAAAUGCCUUCACAUCAGUUAGUAUGAUGUUAGAUUCUACGUUUCAAGCUGUGUAUAAUUCAUUCCGUGCAGUCGUUGGUGUAGCUGACAAUUUCUCAAGAUUGAAACAUCAGUUAUCUUCUGUAUUUUCUGCUUUUGCACUUUUCAAAUUCAUCAGAUAUUUAUACAGAAAAGUUUUGGUUCUGUUACGACUACGACCAAAUAUGGAAACUGAUGAAGCAUGGAGUCAGGCAGCAGCUUCAGCAAUUCCACUUGCAGGAGAUGGAGACAGCCCAAAGAAGAGCACCUGGCCUAUAAUGAUGUUCCUUGCCAUUAUUAUGGGUGGUCCAUACCUUAUUUGGAGAUUGAUUUCAAGUGUAACACAAACACCAGGCAAGCAAUGGAUGACAGGAGAAGACGACCACUUUGUUGCCACAGCACAGUAUGAUUACAAAUCAGAAAAUGAAGGAGAAUUGUCCUUUUCUGUAGGUCAAGAAAUCAAAGUGGCACCAAAAGAAAUACAGCCAAGAAUUAAGGGCUGGCUUCUUGCAAGUGUUGAUGGACAAAAAACAGGAAUCAUUCCUGGUAAUUAUGUGAAAGUUUUAGGAAAAAGACAAGGCACAAGAAAAGUUAAUCAGGUUGCCAUUGAAGCAGCACAAAAAUCUGUCACAAAGAGUUGUUGCAGUAAAGAAAACACUACUCCCAAAAGCUGCUGCAGUACAUCACAAAAUCCAUCUUUAAAUUCUGUAAAUGCCAACCUUGAGAAUGUUCCUACAGCGAACCCACCAAUAGACCUUAGUGAUAAUCAAGUGUUGGAUAAUACUUUUGGUAAUAUGGACAAUACUUUUGGUAAUAUGAACAAUACAUCUGGUAAUAUGAACAAUACGUCUGGUAAUAUGAACAAUACAUCUGGUAAUAUGAACAAUACUUCUGAAAUGGAAGCAUAUGACAUAGUCGACAAGUGCCAAGAUUAAAUCCAAUGAAAAAAUUGUUUUGUAUAUAUUCAGAUUACUGUGAUUUUUUAUAUAUUAUUAUUUUAAUGAUUUAUCUUUAUGAUAUGAAAUACUGUCUUUCUUGCACUAAAUACAGAGUAGAUAAGAAAAAAAAAUAUUGAUUUUCUUUACAAAACUCAGAGAGGAAAAAUUAGUUGAGGUAAAACCUGUUAAAAUGUGAGAUGCUAGUGUUGUAUAUAUGCAAAACAUAUGUUUUUUCUCUCAAUUUUGUCAACAGUUAACUAUAUUUAUUUGUUUUUUUGCUAUAAUUUAAAAAAAAAAAACAAUUUUAAUCUAAAGAUGAUUAUCUGAUUAAUGCAAAAACAAGGAUUAAAAUAACUGUAAGGAAAACUAUUAUACAUUUCUGAUUGGUGUAUGUAUCUUUGCUUUAAGAAAAUAGUUUCUAGUACACCUACAAUUAUGAACCAUUAAGAAUAUUCUGCUUCAACUGUGCUCCAUUUAGCUUAAUAUAAUUCAAUGAUUUAUAUUUUAAUUUCAUAGUGCAAACAAUCUGUGUCCUUUGGUGCUCAAAAGCACUUUGAUUCUAAGGAUUAAAUUAAACUGAAGGAAAAGUGAAAAUAAAAUCCUUUGUAAGUAUGGGAAAAGUUUAAAUUAGAGAUUUGAGACCGCUUUGAGCCAAAUUAGCAUAUCUAUCUUGGUCAAGGAAAUCCAAGGUUGAGUCAUCAAAUAUUGAAAUAUGAUGCACAUAUGAAUUGUUUGAUUUAUAAAUGAUUAUUAGGAUGGAAAUCAGCAAGUUAUACUAUAUAUAUAUAUAUAUGCAGAUUUGAUUGAACACAAUGAGUAAUAGCCAAAUUCAUUUAUGACAGCUGCCUCUGUGAAAAUGCCAUGCUAAUGAUAUACAUACAUUGAUUGAAAAUAUGAAAAACUAGAUGGAAAUUGAGGAUUUUUGAGAGAUUUUUUUUUCUCAUACCAAAUUCAAGUAUAUUAAAUAUUUUCUGACAA